AUGCCUGUUCAGAAAAGACUCUUCUCUUCUUUUUCCCAACUAUCAAAUAAAUAUUCCAAAUAUGUUCCUACAGAGGGUAUUUAUCCAAAAGGUUAUCUUGUUGGUUCAGUAUCAACUGGUGUUAAGAAAAAUAAUCAAUUAGAUUUAUCAAUAAUUAAGAGUAUAAAUCCAGCAAAUGCAGCUGCUGUUUUCACAACAAAUAAAUUCAAAGCUGCUCCAGUGCAAGUUUCUAAAAAAAUUUUGGACCAAGGUAAUAAAAUUAAUUCAAUAGUUAUAAAUUCUGGUUGUGCUAAUGCAGUCACUGGUGCUAAUGGAUUAAAAGAUGCUCAAGAAAUUGUUAAAACAGUUGAUCAAACAAUUGGUUCCACAGAUGUAGCAAGCACUAUAUGUAUGUCAACUGGUGUUAUUGGUCAACCAUUACAAAUGAAUAAAAUUUUACCUCAAAUUCCUAAAUUAAUUAAUGAAAAUUUAGGUGAAUCACAUGAAUCAUGGGUUUCAUGUGCUAAAGGUAUAAUGACAACUGAUACAUUUCCAAAAUUAAUUUCCAGAUCAAUAAAUAUAAAUGGUAAUACAUAUACAAUUGCAGGGUUAUCAAAAGGUGCUGGUAUGAUUUGUCCAAAUAUGGCUACAUUAUUAGGUUUCCUAGUUACAGAUGCACCAAUUUCUUCAGGAGCAUUACAAUCAAUUUUAAAAUAUUCAGUUGAUCGUUCAUUUAAUUGUAUUUCAGUUGAUGGUGAUAUGUCAACAAAUGAUACAAUUGCAGCAUUAGCAAAUGGUGAAGCUGGUGGUCCAGAGAUUAAUGAAUCUUCAGGAGAAUCUUAUAACAAGAUUAGAGAUGAAUUUACACAAUUUGCUCAAAGUUUAGCACAAUUAGUUGUUCGUGAUGGUGAAGGUGCAACUAAAUUUGUUACAAUCAAAGUUCAAAAUGCAGAAAGUUUCAAAGAUGCUCAAAAAGUUGCUAAAACUAUUUCAAAUUCUCCAUUAGUUAAAACUGCAUUAUAUGGUAAAGAUGCAAAUUGGGGUAGAAUCUUGUGUGCUAUUGGAUAUUCUGAUGUUCCAGUAAACACCGAGAAAACAAAUGUUUCAUUCAUUCCAACAGAUGGUUCAGCAGAUUUGAAAUUAUUAGUUAAUGGUGAACCUCAACAAAUUGAUGAAACCAGGGCAAGUGAAAUUUUAGAAUUUGAAGAUUUAGAAAUCCAUGUUGAUUUGGGUACUAAUGGUGAUGGGGAAGCUUCUUUCUGGACUUGUGAUUUGAGUCAUGAGUAUGUGACUAUCAAUGGUGAUUAUCGUAGUUGA